AUGAAUCAGAUAAAUCAAAUUAAUUUUCUCCAGCCUUUCAAUUAUUGUUUGUAUCCAUAUAGAUCUCCUUAUUAUUAUAAUUUGUAUGCAGAUAACAUGCAAGAAUAGAAUUCAUCCACUGCAACAUACAAAUCAGAAGUAAUAUAAUGGUAUCUAUUUUUUGAUUAAUUUUACAGGCUUUCUACCCUGGAAUAAUCUGAGUUGUAUAAACUAUUUCAGAUAAAAGGAUAAAUAAAAACCUUUCCAAUAAUGAAAAUGUUCAUAUAUGACAAAUUAAAUAACCCUUCAAAUUAUGCAUUACUUUAACAGUUAAUAUAAAAGUUAUUUUUAGUGCAACAAUUAAUUUGGAGUCUAAAAUUGAUGAUUAGUUCAUGGUGAAUUUCAAAGCACUUCAUCCAAAAGCAGAAGUACAUAAUUAGAAUUAUUAGUUAAGGAAUUAUAUUCAAAAUUAAAUAUAGUUGAUGAUGAAAAUUUUAUGGAUACUAUUUUCGUAGCUGAACCACAUUUGGAAAAUUUAAACUCUUUCUUAGAUUUAUUGAAUGACCUUUCUGAUAAAUAUUUUCUAUCAGCAUCUCCAAAAUCUUCUAUAGAAAAAGCAGAAGAUCCUUUCUGGUUUCAUAAAAAUAGUUUUCAUAGUUGUGCUGUUUGGAUCAUUAAAGAAUUUGAAAAAAAUAUUUCAUAUCAUCAUAGUCUUCAUAGGGAAAAAAAGAAAAGAUAAAAACAUAGAGAGUCCAUCUAUCAAAAUACUUCUAAUGAACUUAAAGAAUUUUUUUUAUAAAAUCUUGCUAACAACAAAGAAAGAGUAAUAUAAAAAUUAAUGACUUUUAGUUAACCUUUUAUUUUUAAGAAAUCUAUUCACAAAUUAAAUAAUAACCAGAACGAUUAGAGAAUCAAUUUUAUGAAAAUAUAUUCUCAGGAACAGCAAUCAAAUUAUUGAAAUCAUAAGUGGAAUUAUUAUUAAAUUUUUAAUAAAAAUGUCAUACUGAUACAAACAUAAUUAAUUCAAUGUUAAUAUCAUCAAUGAAUGAUUUAGUAGAUUAGAAAACUUAUAUUUUAAAAAAGUUUUACAAAAUAGUUCAAAACUUAUUUUAAGAACAUUUAGAAUAAGAAUUAUUUAAGAUUGAAAAUUAAGAUAAGAGAUUGAAAAAAGAUAAAAAAAAGAAGAAAAAGAAAUUCUAGAAAAUGUAAACAUUUAAAGGACUUGAUCCAAUAGAAUUAAAUAAAAGAUUAUCAAGCAAAAAUCUUUUGGAAUCAAAUAUAUUAAGAUUUUAAAGAUCUUAUUCUUAAAGCAAUUUAGCUUAUACAUAUGUUACACCACCUAAUACACCAUCAACUUGGGAAAUUAGUGAUGAUUAACAGUAAUAAAUAUUCUUAUCAUUAGUGAAUCCAUAAAGGCUUUAAAUAUAUAAGCCUCAUACAAAACUUAAUGUGUUAAUAAUAAUAGGAUAAAUAUUAUUUAAAAAGAAUAACAAUCUAUUUCUCAAUAAUUUCUUAUUCAUAAUGAAAAUCCAACAAAUGAUGAUUAUGUUGAGGUAGGACAAACUAUAACAAUAAAUAUAUUAGAAAUGGUAUAUUGUUCAUUAAAUGAUGAAAAUUAAUUUAAGGAAGAUUUUUUGAAAGAAUAAAAAAGAAUAAAAAAAAAGUAAAAAGGAUUUUAAAAAUCUAUUCCUGAAAGUAGAGAUGAAUAAUUAUAAUUAUAAUCACCUUAAUCGGAAAUUACUAGAUUUUCAAUAGAAACUUAAGCGUAAACAAUAAAGAGUCAUUGUUCUAAUAGAACAUCUUCUUUAUCAGAAGAAGAAGAAGAGAAAUAGAAAUCAGGUUAAAUCAGAAAUUCAAUCAAGAUUAAAAAAAAUAAUAAUGAAAAAUAAAAUAAUAUUUUCAAAUUAAUAAAUUCAUUUAAAAUAAAUUAAUUUGAAGAUUAAUAACUUUAAUAAGACAUUAAUUCAGUUUCAAAUGAAAGUGAAUAAGUUUCUUAAAAAACUUUGGAAGAUGAAAUCAUUCCUAAAAAAGAAAAAAUAAAUCAAUAAUUUUAAAAGAAAAAGAAUUUAUGCAUAUAAUAAUAAAGUUCAGAAAAAAACUUGAAAGAGUAAUUAGAAAAUGUUUAAUAGAAGGGUAAAUAAAAAUUGAUAGAAUAAAUGAAUUUAGACAUUCUUGAUUUUACAGAUAAUAUAAUGAAUGAAUAUGAAGAGAUGCUUCCAUUCAGAUUUUUAUCUUUUGAGAGAGUAAAAUAAGUGAUUUAGAAAGUGUUUUUAGGAAUUCCUGAUGAAAUGAUAAUGUAGAUAUUAAUAUAAUUUUAGGCUUUUUGGUUCUUGUGCUACAGGAUUAGCUUUAAUUGAUUCAGAUAUUGAUAUUGGAAUAAAUGGAUUAGAAGUUUAUAAUAGAAAUAUGUUGAAAAAUCAUUUUGAUAAUUUAUUCUUUGAAUUUUCAAGAAAAAAAUGGGUUAUUAAAGCUAAGUAAAUAUUGAAUAAUAUUAUUUAGUCCAAUAUUUAAUUCAUCAGUUCCAAUAAUAAAGUUAGAAAUAGAUCCAUAAAUAAAUGUAUUUGAUUAUGAAGGAAGAAACUUAGAUGAACAUUAGAUUUAAUAAUGGAAAAAGCUAAAGUAAAAGUUAAAGAGUGGAAUAAAAGUAGACAUUUCAUUUAAUUUUAAUGGAAAUGGAAUUUGUUCUACUCAUUUAGGUUCAAUAACUACUGAUUUAGUUAAAAGAUGGAUGGAAGAAUAUCCAUCACUUUAGUAGAUUGUCCUUAUUUUAAAAUCUAUGAUAAAAAAACUGAAGCUAUCAGAAUCAUAUACAGGUAAUAUUAUUAUUUAAUUAUAUUUUAGGGGGUCUAUCCUCCUAUUCAUUAAUAAUUAUGGUUUACUCUUAUCUGAGAGAAAAGAGAAUUACAUCUAAUUUAAUUGGUGAAUAAUUUAUUGAUUUAAUCAACUUCUAUGUAAAUUACUUUGAUUCUUCUUCUACUGGAAUAGGUUUAUUAUCUGAUAUUAAUAAUUCAAACUCAAGGUAUACUUUUUAUUAAUAAAUUAGUUACUUCUUCAAUUUAUAAGAUUAUUGUUUACCUAUGUUACCAAUUACUAUAUUUAAUCCUUACAAUAGAAAAUUACUUACUCAUCCAUCUGUUCAAAUUAACAAGAUUUUUGAUUUUUUUAAAGUAAUUAUAAAGGAAGUUGAUUCUAAAAAAGACUUUUAUUGUAACUAUGUGGUUUUAGGAAAGAAGAAACAAUAAAAAUUAAAUAAAUAACUAGGAAAUUUUAUUGUUAGCAUUUUAGAAUAAAUAAAAUGA